CUUAGUGGGCGGGGCUGUGUCGCGCUAACCUUGCUGUUACAAACUGUGGCGAAUGGAGAAUCACCUGUCAAUGCCGACCUGCUGUCCCAAACACGGAAAAGGACACAUUACUGACAAUAUUACACCAAGGGGAAAAGGUCAGCUCCAGUCAGACUAAGGACAACGUACUGGGAUUCAAUGGUAGAGAAUAAUGUAACACAGGUUUUCGUCAUGGUCAGGUAGUUGUGGACAGUGAUGGGGUUCUUCAGGCGGCUCACACUCCUACUCUGGAAGAACAUCACAUACCGCCGGAGAAACAAGAUCCAGCUGAUCAUCGAGCUCCUCUGGCCUCUCUUCCUCUUCGUCAUCCUCAUCUCGGUCCGUCAUUCACACCCUCCUUACAAACAGACGCAAUGUCAUUUUCCAAACAAAGCCUUGCCAUCAGCAGGCACCUUACCCUGGAUUCAGGGCAUUAUCUGCAACAUCAACAACCCCUGCUUCCACAGCCAGACCCCGGGGGAGACGCCGGGCCAAGUUGGCAACUUCGACAACUCCAUAUUGUCUCGUCUCUUCGUGGACGCUCAGACCGUUCUGUCCUACAGCGGAAACCAGACCUUCUCUGGGUUUCGUGACCUGAUGGAGAGCGUUCAGAGGCUGGGAGAGAGACCUGGAGCCUGGCCAAAUCUUCCAGUUGGGGAAUACCUGAGAGCCAAUGAGACGUUCUCCUCGUUCCUCCUGACCAAUGGCAGCCUUUCUCCUCAGACGGUGGAUCAGCUGAUGAAGGCUCGUCUCAGCUCUCAGGUUUCUGUGGCCGGAGCUCAGCUGCAGCUGAAGGACUUGGUUUGUAACGCCUCCGUGUUGGGACAGUUCCUGACGGUAGACGGAGGAGAAGAUGCCAUGAAGGACCUGCAGACGCAGCUGUGUGACGUCCCGGCUGACGUCCUUCAACAGGCCGAACGCCUCUUCCUCUCUCAGCUGGACUUCACCAAGUUCUUCACGAGAGAGCGUCUGAUGUCCAACGCCGCCGACCUCAGGGUCAUCAGUCGGGCCGUCACCUCCGUCUCCCAGGAGUUGGCCGUCGUCAUGGACAGUUUCUCGUCGCUGUCCAGCUUCAUUGAGAUGAGCGCCGCCCUCCGUCUUCUGUCUCCGGAGAAUCGGACGGCGCGGCCUCGGGAGAGUUUCAGGGCCUUUUCCAGGAUCAUGUGUGGUCACCCUGAGGUCGGCGGCGAACGCAUCCCUUCGCUCAACUGGUACGAGGACAACGACAUCAAGUCAUUUCUGGGCAAAAAUGGUACAGAGGACACGGACGUGGACAACGACACCAGCACCACUCCGUUCUGUAAAAGUCUGAUCCGAGGUCUGGAGUCCAACCCUUUGUCUCGUAUCGUGUGGAGAGGAAUCAAACCUCUGUUCAUUGGAAAAAUGCUGUACACCCCCAACACUCCUGCAGUUGUACGAGUCAUGAAGGAGGUGAACCAGACGUUUGAGGACCUGCAGAUCCUUCAGCAGAUGAAUAAGGCCUGGAUGGAGGUUGGACCACGAAUCAAGAGCUUCAUGGAGACCAGCGUGGAGAUUAAGCUGCUGCAGGACUUGUUAAGGCGUCCAGAAGUUGCCGUCCUCGUCAACCUGCGUCUGGAGAACACAACCUGGACAGCCUCUCGGAUUGCACGUUUCCUGUCCACGCCAUCACCAGACACUCCACGAAAGCCUGGAGCGCCCCCCAACUGGAAGGACAUCUAUGACGACCUCAACCACACCAUCAGCACCCUGGCACAAGUCACUGAGUGCUUCUCUCUGGACAAACUGGAAGGAUUUGAGACUGAGGGUCAUCUGGUCGACAGGGCGUUGGAGCUGCUGGAGGACAGGCAGUUUUGGGCAGGUGUGGUUUUCCUGCUGCCGAACUCCUCGUCUACUAACCUGCCGCCACACGUUAGAUACAAGAUCCGAAUGGACAUCGAUGAUGUGACCCGGACCAAUAAGAUUAAGGACAGGUUCUGGGAUCCCGGUCCUGCUGCAGACCCGUUUAAUGACAUGCGCUACAUCUGGGGCGGUUUCGUUUACAUUCAGGAUCUGGUGGAGAGAGCCGUGAGCCGUGUCCUGACCGGAGUUCAGCAAAAUACGGGCAUCUACAUCCAGCAGAUGCCUUACCCCUGCUACGUGGAUGAUGUGUUCUUGCGAGUGCUGAACCGCUCCCUGCCUCUCUUCAUGACGCUGGCGUGGAUCUACUCUGUGGCCAUGAUCAUCAAAGGCAUCGUGUACGAGAAGGAGGCGAGGCUGAAGGAGACCAUGAGGAUUAUGGGUCUGGACACCGGGACUCUGUGGCUCAGCUGGUUCAUCAGCAGCGUCGUUCCCUUCCUGGUCUCUGCAGCGCUGCUCAUCGCUCUGCUCAAGUGGGGUGAUAUCCUGCCCUACAGCGACCCCGCCGUUGUGUUUUUCUUCCUGACGGCAUUCGCCACCGCCACCAUCAUGCAGUGUUUCCUCAUCAGCACCUUCUUCUCUAAAGCCAACCUGGCCGCGGCCUGCGGAGGCCUCAUAUAUUUCGGAUUCUACCUGCCGUAUGUGCUGUGUGUGGCCUGGAGAGACCACCUCAACACCUCCCACCGGGUCCUGGCGAGUUUUCUUUCUCCUGUGGCCUUCGGGUUUGGCUGUGAGUAUUUUUCUCAGUAUGAAGAACAAGGCAUGGGCAUCCAGUGGUACAACAUGCACACCUCUGCGGUUCAAGGAGACACCUACAGCUUCUUUACAUCCAUAAUCAUGCUUUACGUUGAUGCCUUCAUCUACGCCAUCGCUGCCUGGUACAUCGAGGCCGUAUUCCCUGGAGAAUUCGGGAUCCCCAGGCCCUGGUACUUCAUCUUCAUGCUGAACUACUGGGCUGGACUUCCUCUGGAGGUGGGGAUGCCGAUCCCCCCUGCACCAACCGAGCAGGAUGAAGACCACAUCGAACCAGAGCCCACCAACCUGGUCCUCGGCGUCAGCAUCAGAAACCUGGUGAAAAUCUACAAGAAAGGAGCCAAACUGGCCGUGAACCACCUGAACCUGAAGUUCUACGAGGGGCAGAUCACCUCGUUCCUCGGCCACAACGGAGCCGGAAAGACCACCACCAUAUCCGUCCUGACCGGCCUGUUCCCUCCGACCUCUGGGACCGUGUACAUCAAAGGGAUGGACAUCCGUCACGAUGUGGACAUCAUCCGGAGGACGCUGGGAGUCUGUCCUCAGCACAAUGUCCUGUUCGAUAUUCUAACGGUGGAGGAACACGUCUGGUUUUACGGCUGUCUGAAGGGUUUGUCUGAAGAAGAGGUGAAGGCUGAGCUCGAUACUCUGCUGGAAGACGUCGGCCUGUUGCACAAACGACACGAGCAAACCAAAAACCUUUCUGGUGGGAUGAAGAGGAAGCUGUCGGUUGCGAUCGCGUUUGUCGGAGGGUCGAAGGUGGUCGUUCUGGACGAACCUACAGCCGGAGUCGACCCUUACUCCCGCAGGGGGAUCUGGGACCUGCUGCUCAAAUACCGCAAAGAUCGGACCAUCAUCCUGUCCACUCACUACAUGGACGAGGCGGAGCUGCUCGGAGACCGGAUCGCCAUCAUCUCCCAGGGGAGGUUGUGCUGCUGUGGAUCACCCCUCUUCCUCAAAUCCCACCUGGGAUCCGGAUACUACCUGACCGUGGUGAAGAGGGAGGGGCUGGACACGGCCACGCCCAGCAGCACCAGCAUCAGCACUGGGACCAGCAUCAGCACCAACAAACUGCCUCCGAUCAGUAAGGACAGUGAAUCGUCUAUGAGUGAAGACACAGGCCUGGGAAGUGAAGACAACAGCUCCGGCCUGUCGGCGUUACUGUCUCUGGCUCGUCUCCACAUCCCGGGGGCGAGGCUGGUGGAAGAACUGGGCCAGGAGGCGGUCAUCAACCUGCCGCAGAUCGCCGCUAAGGACACCAGCCUGGCGGUGUUUCUGUCCGAACUGGACCACAAACUGGUCGAAUUGGGCAUCAGCAGUUACGGCCUAUCAGACAGCACCCUGGAGGAGAUCUUCCUGCGGGUUGCAGAGGAAACCGGGGUGGACGCAGAGACUCCGCAGAACCAGACACUGUCAGAUGAUCAGAGAACAGAGAGACAACAGGUGGACGAACCAGACAGAGUGAGGAAAAGGCUUCGUAAGCGAGAGCCUCAGGAGACCGACCUGCUGAGCGGAGAUGGACGAGGCGGCGUUCCUCUGACUGGAUGGUGGCUGACGUGGCAGCAGCUCAGGGCUCUGUUCAUCAAACGGUGGCUUUAUGCUCGGAGGAGUCGCAGGGGCUUCUUCGCUCAGAUCGUCCUUCCUGCUGUGUUCGUGCUGAUCGCUCUGCUCUUCAGUCUCAUCGUUCCUCCAUUUGGGAAGUAUCCGCCUCUGCAGCUUCAGCCAUGGAUGUACGGAGAGCAGUACACCUUCUUCAGCAAUGACGCCGGACGGAACCCGGCCAUGGAGAACCUUCUGGAGGCUCUGCUGGACCAACCCGGGUUCGGUACCAAGUGUAUGGAGAAAGAGGAGGACGACAACAGCACGAGUCCAGGGUGUGAGGUCCAGGGUGGAGGACAGUUCAUGCGUCCUCAGGUGCUCUUCUCCACCUGGGAGAUGUUCAGCAGAGGAAACUGGAGCCAAACCAGGAUGACUCCUGAAUGUCAGUGUAGCACCGAGGAGGUCCGACGGAUGCUCCCGGACUGUCCGCAGGGCGCCGGAGGACUCCCACCCCCCCAGAUGAAGAGGCUGACCGGAGACAUGCUCCAGAAUCUGACAGGAUACAACAUCUCUGAUUAUCUGGUGAAGACGUACCCUCAGAUUCUCAAGAAAAGCCUGAAAACCAAGAAGUGGGUGAAUGAAUUCAGAUAUGGGGGUUUCUCCCUCGGAGGCAGCGCCACACAGACUUUAUCUCAGGUCCAACAUGUCGAAGACUCGAUCAUGGCCAUCAGGACUCGUUACAGCGUUUCACAGAAUAGUUCACUGGAUCAUCUGCUGAACCGACUGCCGGGUUUUCUGGGAGGACUGAACAGUCAGAAUAAUGUCAAGGUGUGGUACAAUAACAAAGGCUGGCACGCCAUGGUGUCAUUCGUCAACGUGAUGAACAACGGGCUGCUGAGGGCGAGUCUCCCACCGGGUCCACAGAGGAGGAAACACGGCAUCACGGCCUUCAACCACCCGCUGAACCUCACCAAGGAACAGCUCACAGAAAUGGCCAUGAUGACCACGUCAGUGGAUGUCCUGGUGUCCAUCUGUGUUAUUUUUGCCAUGUCCUUCGUCCCGGCCAGCUUUGUCCUUUUUCUGAUUGAGGAGCGAGUCAGUAAAGCCAAACACCUUCAGUUUGUCAGCGGCGUCAAACCCAUCCUCUACUGGUUGGCAAACUUCACCUGGGACAUGUUAAACUACACCGUCCCGGCCUCCAUGGUGGUGCUGAUCUUCAUCAGUUUCCAGCAGCAGUCGUACGUCUCUGAAACAAACCUGCCGGCUCUCAUCCUGCUCCUCCUCCUGUAUGGAUGGUCCAUCACCCCCCUGAUGUACCCAGCAUCCUUUGUGUUCAGCGUCCCAAGCACGGCCUACGUGGUUCUGACGUCCAUAAACCUUUUCAUCGGCAUCAACGGCAGCAUCGCCACCUUCGUCCUGGAACUGUUCGUAGACGAGCAUCUGAAUGAGGUGAACCGGAUCCUGAAGAAGGUUUUCCUCAUAUUCCCUCAUUUCUGUCUGGGCCGAGGUCUGAUAGACAUGGCCAAGAACCAGGCCAUGGUGGACGCCUUCCAAAGACUAGGCACCAAACAGACUAUGGAUCCUCUUCAGUGGGACUUUGUUGGAAAGAAUCUGUUUGCGAUGGCAGCAGAAGGUGUUAUUUUCUUCAUCUUCACCAUUCUGCUGCAGUACAAGUUCUUCAUUCACUUCAGGCCGUGGUGGACUGAGAUGCCGCCCCUCGGUCCAGAGGAUGAAGACGUUUCCAGAGAGAGAGAACGAGUCAAAAGUGGAAAAGCACAGAAUGACAUCCUCACUAUGAUGGACCUCAGCAAGGUUUAUAAGGCGGGCAGAAAGCCGGCAGUGGAUCGUCUUUGCCUGGGGAUUCCUCGUGGUGAGUGUUUUGGUUUGCUGGGGGUGAACGGAGCAGGAAAGACGUCUACGUUUCGCAUGUUGACCGGAGACACAGCGAUCACCUUUGGAGAGGCUUAUCUCAACCACCACAGUGUUCUGACGGAGAUGGAGCGAGUCCACCAGCUGAUGGGUUACUGUCCACAGUUCGACGCCAUCAGCGACCUGCUCACAGGACGGGAACAUCUGGAGCUGUACGCCCGUCUCCGAGGCGUCCCUGAGGAGUCUGUUGCCAAGGUGGCGCAGUGGGGUGUGAAGAAGCUGGGUCUGACACAGUACUCUGAGCGGGAGGCCGGAGGAUACAGCGGAGGCAACAAGAGGAAACUGUCCACCGCCAUCUCUCUGAUCGGAGCUGCUCCCGUCAUAUUCCUGGAUGAACCGACCACUGGCAUGGACCAGGCCAAGAGGUUUUUGUGGAACUGCAUCCUCAGCGUCACCAAAGAGGGAAGAGCUGUAGUGUUAACAUCUCACAGUAUGGAGGAGUGUGAGGCUCUCUGCACCAGAAUGGCCAUCAUGGUCAACGGCAGGUUCCAGUGUCUUGGAUCUGUACAACACCUGAAAAACAGGUUUGGCGACGGCUACACCAUCAUUCUCCGUCUGGCAGAUUCUAAACCCAACGAGGCGUCGUCAGUGUCCGUCGACUCCUACAUCAGGAACUCUUUUCCCGGCAUCGAGCUGAAGGAGCAGCACCAGAACGUCCUGCAGUACCAGCUGGCCUCGCACCGAUGCUGCCUGGCACGAGUCUUCGACGUCUUGGCCAAUAACUACGAGGAGCUCGGUGUCAUCGACUUCUCUGUCUCACAGACGACACUGGACCAGGUGUUGUCAACUUUGCCAAAGAGCAGACCGACGACGAUGACUGCCUCACAGAAGUAGUCGUCAACAAUGGAACCGUGCAGACCAACACGGUGGCUCCGCCCCCUCGGAUUAACCCCGUCAUCACCACCACCGCCUCCCCCACCGUUCAACCACCAGUAACUCCCCCUCCGCAAAGCAAGACUCUACUGCAGCCG